CGUAUAAUGUCGUGCAGAGACCAUUAUAGCAUCUAUCGAGGGGCCACUAAAUAAAAAUCAAUUGUAUAAUGAUUGCCAACGCUAAUACUUGAACUAAUUGAAAGAUUCGCCUAUUUAUUUGUAUACAAUUACAUUCAUAGGCUAAAGUACUGCACUACGCUAUUACGCAAUAUAUUUAAACCGUUAAUGGUACACCCUGUAUACCACUCACAUGUUGACCACAGACUACAACUUUUAUUGGUUAGGCAACACACAUUACCUCUUGUAAUUGCGAUGACAUUUGAGGUUAACCAAAAUAAAUAAAUAAAUUAAUUAAUUUUUUUUACUUAAAAAUGUACGUUACGUUUAAGACACAUUCAAAUUGAAGAUGGAAGUAAAUCCUCUCAGUAUAAUUUUGGUGAAAGCUGGCAGUAAGGGCGAUCGGUUACUCUUCCGUUAUCCGUACCACGAACAGGAGAGUAAUGAACCGGCUAAUACCAAAAGGAAAAACCCUUACGCGCUUGUCAUCACUGAAGACUUACUGCAAUCACCUCCGCCUCCGACAUCAAACAUUAACAAAGGCAGUUUAACUGGCAUUUCGGACGAAGUCCUAUCGUCACUAUUUGCCGUGAAACAGGAACUGUGCAAUCAGAAAUUCGAACUUAAAAUAAACGACGUUAGAUUUGUAGGGCAUCCGACUUCGUUGCGAAAUAAAUCACAAGACGAUGCUGGUGUCUUACUGAUUCAUAUUGUGUUCGCUUUGCAAGCGUUAGCUAGUCAUUCCAUAGUUAAGUGUUAUCACGAUUUAAGUAAACGUUUGGGAAUUGUGUUGAGACAUGAAGAGCACAGGUGCGGGUAUAUUGCCGAGGAAACGUUAAGUAUGGUGUCUGUCCAUGAUGAUUCUUGUACGAGCAGUUUCCAGUUUGAGAAUCCAUUCAAAAAUAUACUCGAAAAUUGUGCAUUGGCAAAAAACCUCAAGAAGGUGUAUGACGAUUUAUGUAGUACAGGAUUAGUAAGCAUAAGAAUUAAUAAAUGGAUUCCACUCACCUUUUGUUUACCACAAAAAAUGCACCAGUGGCACUUGAGGGGGAAAAUUGUUGAACCUGAAGACAUUGACAGGUGUUUGAAGGCAUUGAGGCCCUUUCACAGUUUGCUACUCCUAUACCCAGUUCAACAGCUGUACGAUUUUACAUCACUGGAUGGCUCACCUUCGUUGAUAAGGAUGUUUUCGCAAUAUUCUCCACUGAAAAGUUUGCAAACUUUAGCCAUAGAUUCCGAUAUAACAUUAUCUCAUGUAUUUGAGCUAACUGCACAUCUUGUUUAUUGGGCAAAAGCGACUGUGAUAUAUCCCAUAUGCUCCACAAACAAAUACACCAUCACCCAAGAUGCGCAACUGCAUCUAAAUUCAUCACUAUUAGAUAAAUUUUCAGAUGCUUUCCCAGGGAUGGAUUUAAUCCAAGAAAUUAGUGAUUUCUCAUUACCAACAUCUUUAGGCCAAAAGUGUACACCUUUGUACAACUCCUCUGAACAAUCGCAGCUAAUCCAAAGAAUAAUUUGGAUGCUUCAGCACCAUCUGUUGUUGCAGUUGCACAUGUACAUUCAGUACUUGCCGACCGACCAGGGGCACACACCAUAUAAUCUAGACCAAACUAGAAGCACACCUCUCACUCCCAUAGUUCAAAGUAACAGCACUUUGAGCUCACGAACGUUUAGCAUAACUCCAUCACGACAAUCCAGGACACAUUCUGAAAGUGACGCGUCCGUUAUCUCUGAUACACCAGAACCUCGGCCCGAUUCCGAAUUAGGCACUGCUACAAUGAAUUCCAGCUUGGCAAAUGUAAGCUUUUCAUCAGCCGAUGAAGAAAAGCAAGAGUACCAGGAGCUACUACUCGAUUUUUCGGACGACGAACGCAAUGCAAUAUUCAAGAUUCCCGCCGCGAGUAAUCCGGAAGAUUUGAAUUUGUUCGCGAGACUUUGCCGAAAUGGAUAUUUUCGCGGGGAUCAUCACGUGGAGGAAAUUAUGUAUUUGGAAAAUUUGAGGAGGAGUCAGUUGUUACAGUUAUUGGAUAAAUUUAGAGAUGUGUUAAUAACAUACGAAACUGAAGAUCCUGCAAUUGCCAUGUUUUCUUAAUUGUACCUUCUAAAUUUAUUAAAAUUCAUACUAUUUACAAUUUUUAUUCUCA